CAACGAACUUUUACACUUGGACUCAGUAAACACUGGGUGGAGUUGGUUUGUGCUUGAUUUCUCAGGGACGCGUCCUGUUUAUUUAUUCUUCUGUGAAGAGAAGGUUUCAUCCAUUGAACAUUACUAUGGCAUCGCAGUUUGGAAUAAGUGACGCAGAAAUGAAUGAGAUGAAGAGCAUCCUGCACUCCUCCGUGGUCACGGAAGUUGUGGCACAAGUGGAAGGCAUGCUUGAAAAGAUAAAAUCUGUGACUCUAAACAUUGCCAUUACAGGAGAGUCAGGUGCAGGCAAAUCUUCUUUUAUCAAUGCAUUUCGUGGGGUUAAUGAUGAUGAGCCUGAAGCAGCAGAGACAGGUGUAACAGAAACCACUCAGAAGGCCUUAGCAUACUCACACCCCACUGCUAAAAAUGUCUUGCUGUGGGACCUGCCAGGGAUUGGGACUCCCUCUUUUCAGCCUGGAACUUACCUGGAGGAUGUUGGCCUCUUAAAAUAUGACUUCUUCAUCAUUGUCACAUCUGACCGGUUUCAGGAGUACCAUUCUGAACUGGCUAAAUGUAUAAUGCAGGCUCAGAAGACGUUUUAUUUUGUCAGGAACAAAGUGGAUCGAGAUUUGGAGGCAAAUGCUAGGCGCAGGGGUCAAAGAGGUUUGUCAGAUGAUGCUGUCUUGGACAUCCUCCGUAAAGACUGCAAAAAGAAUCUGAGAAGUGGUCAGGUGGAACACCCACAGAUUUUCCUGCUGUCCUGCUUUCACCCACAGCACUAUGACUUUCCUGCACUACAAAUGACCUUGCUAGAAGAGCUGGAAGGACACAAAAGACAUGCCCUGCUUUUGUCACUACCCAUCCUCAGUUCAUCAUUAAUACAAAGUAAACAGAACGCACUAGAUCAGGAUGUGUGGAAGAAAGCAAUCGUAGCAAGCUUAAGCGGUGUUACAAGGCGAGCCAUUGUUCCCAAACUGAUGGAGACUUUAAAAUAUUAUCAACAAACAUUCUGUCUAGAUGAAAAAUCUCUUCAUCGAUUAGCUAAUAUGACAAGUGUAUCAUUUAAGGAGCUUCAUGGUGAGGUAACCUCCUCCUUUGGCAGAGAGUUGUCUGCACAGGCAGUAGAAGACUUGCUAAGUCAAGUAGCUUCAGGACAUCAACUCAUGGCUAAUCAGCUGGAGAACAGAUUCCCAAUUCUGGGCUCUGUCAUUGCCGGUGGAAUUUCCUUUGUGGCCUCCUACUUCCUGCUGAAAUCGGCUAUUAAGGAUUUGAGUGAAGAUGGAAAAAGAGUAAUACAAAAAGCCAUCUUUUGCUCUAAAUACAGACAUUAACCCAAAUAUGUGGAUAAUUUUAUUUUAUAUUUGUUUAAAUGAUUAACCUUCCAAUUCCCUGUGGUUAUUUCAUAGCAUUGAUAUCUUCAAUAUUGUUUUAUUGUAUAAAAAAUUGGGACUGUAUGUAUUGUUCCUAAUUGUAUUUCCAUUGUAAAAUUGAUCUAAUAUCUAAUAUUCCUUCCCCUUGCCAAUUUUUGUUUUCCGCCAUACAUUUUUUUGGUUUAAUUUCAUGUGUAAUAUAUGCUUUAAAAUAACGAGGUGAUGGUGGAAUAGGGAAUGUUAUUUCUUUUGCGCAUGAAAUUUAAGAAAUUAAAAGGUUGCCAGCCAGUGAAGAUAUUUUAUUAACUUUAGACAAGUUGUGAGAUCUCCCUGGCAAUGAAACCCCAAGUUUUAAAGCUGAUGACUAUUUCAAACAUUUUGAUUUUUAAAUUGAAGUAGUGGGAAAGUGAAGUGGGCAUCAGGAAAAUCCGUUUCCUCCUCCCUACUGGCUGUGGAAGUAUUAGGGAUGUCUGAACUCAGAUAUAUGUGUACAUGGGGCACAGGUUACACAAAUAAUAUAAUGUUCUAAAAAACACUGUCUUUCGAUUGAAGUGUGGGGAACAUAUUUUCCUGAUCAUCAGGAAAAUCCGUUUCCCUCUUCCUACUGGCUGUGGAAGUAUCAGGGAUGUCUGAAAUUUUCUCAGAGACAUGCGUGCAAAGUUAAUACAGUAAGAUGAUAUUUUUUAAAACACUGUAUUUUAAACAAGAGACUCCUGUAAAUCAAUUCGCCUACUGUAGGUAACAUUUGCAAUAAAUUUCAAGUUUUCAAACUUUGUGAA